ACCACAAAUGCUAGAAUGGCUCUCCCAUGUUUUGAUGAGCCAGAAUUCAAAGCAGUUUUUACUCUGUCAAUUAUAACUCGAAAAAACCAGACUGAUAUUUGUAAAACGGAGACUUGGCUAAAUGAAAAUAAUGACGAUUUUGUGAUGACUUCAUUCGAACCUACACCUCCCAUGUCGACAUACCUGCUUGCGAUUGUUGUGGGAGAAUACGACUAUAUUGAGGACUUUUCAUCCACCGCAAUGGAGAACUGGGGGUUGGUGAUUUUCCGUGAAACAGCACUUUUGGCCACGGAAGGGAUUUCCUCGACGAAUAUCCUCAACCGAGUGGCCGUCGUUGUAGCCCACGAGAUUGCCCAUACGUGGUUCGGGAAUUUGGUUACAAUGGACUGGUGGACUUAUUUGUGGCUCAACGAGGGAUUUGCCACAUGGAUUUCAUAUUUGUGUGUUGACAAUAUUUUCCCCGAGUACGACAUUUGGUCUCAAUUCCAAAUAAACGAGAUCUCCGUGGCAAUGAAUUUGGAUUCCUUGCAAAGCAGUCACCCAAUCGAGAUCGAAAUUGGAGCUCCUUCAGAGGCAGAUGAGAUAUUUGACAAAAUAUCAUACGCCAAAGGAUCUUCCAUAAUAAGCUAUCUCUACGAGUAUAUUGGCGACACGGUAAAUCACGGAAUUCCGUAG